AUGGAAGAUAAUGAGCUCUUCCAAUCUGUGCUCCGUUCUGAUGGAAUCGAGGAAGCCUCGGAAAACUGGAUCGUCGCGUACCAAGGCGAGCCACACGAGUCCCUAGCACAACUCGUGACGUUCCUUUUCAGGUUGUGCGGGUGUACAGCCACCAUAACAAGUGAUGAAGUGCAGGAUUCAGAGCAUGUGGAUGACGUACUAGAACGAAUUCAGGAUGAAUUUGCGCAACACCUUCAUUCCCAAUACCCAAUCGUGUCACGCUCGAAGUCAUUAAAGAACAUUCGGAAACAUGCUGCUUUGUUGAUAAAGAAGAUUUUUUCCGAUGCCUCUGAGGCGGAGCUUUUGAGUGAUGAAGACUUCCUGGAUACAUGGCAGCAAUGGCUCUUGGCGAUGUCAGUGUCUUCACUCCGUUCCUUCAGGCACACAUCGAGUCUCGUUGCUAUGUGGACCAUUGGUGCUUUUUCUCAUGAGCUUGAGCAAGUGCGCGAGAAUUAUGAUGUGGCUGUUAGACAACGUGAUGCAGAAGCAAAGCGGCAAAGUGCGAAUCGCACAAGACUUGUACACACAGCUCACAAAAUGGAGCAGCUGGAUUCACUUCGUGAGUCGCUGGACGCACAUCUAGACGACUAUGUUAAACAUGUAUUCUCUCCCCGAUCUCGCGACUUCGAUGCGCUUGUGCGCCUGGAUUGCGUCGAUCAACUUGGUUCCUGGAUGAAGGAAUUUCCUACUCAAUAUCUGCAAGAGUAUUAUCUCCGUCAUGUUGGUGCCGCACUCUCGGAUCCUGAUGUAACUGUUCGUUUGCAUGCAUUGCGUUCAAUCAAAAACGUUUUAGUGCCCGAGCAUGCAAUUCAGCUUGUAUCCUUCUCCGAAGCACACAAGUCCCGGAUGGUCGACAUGGCUUUGUACGAUGUAGACCUCGGUGUACGUACGACGGCGUUCGCGGUUUUGGAGUCCGCGAAUGAACUGGAUAUGUUAAGCAAUGAUGAUCGAGCUGCAUUGGCGGUUCACAUUUUUGAUUUGGAAUCUCGGAUCCGCGCCGCUGCCGCUGCAUUUCUAAAUGGUCUUCUCCAAAAUCAUGUUGCGGCCAAAAUGCAAGACAAUACGUCUGAUGAGUCGAUUGUUCGUGUUCAUUGUCUAGUCAAGCUACUUUCCCACUACACCCAGCAAUUAAAUGCGGGCACUGAUGAUUUGGAUUCAGACAAGCUGUCACUCAUUGAGCCUGGACUCGGGCGCGUUAGUGUAGCUUUUGAGGCUUUAUGGGAUACGACCGAUUCGCUACACGCUUGGAAGCCAUACAUCGACAUUCUUAUUCCGGAUGAGGGGGACUACGAACUUGUGGCUGAUGAAGAAGCUGUUGCUGUCGAGAUACUCGCCAUGUGUGUUCAUUUGGUCAAAGAGCGUACAGAUCCAGAUUCAGACGAGACCGCAUGGGAAGAGUGUAGUGUAUAUCUUAUUCACGCUCUCCCGAAACUUUUGGCCAAGUUUUCCGCUGAUACCCCACGCAUUUCCGAUUUGCUCUUCAUUAUUCCGAGCAUGAAGUUGGACGUAUAUCAUGAGACACGAAAUAUGGAUGCAUUUGAAUCAUUAUGGGAAGAUUUAUGUGGUCAUUUUAUGCGACAUGUCGAGCCAGUGCUCUUACAGCGAGCAGCUGAGGCUAUAAAGCUUCUCGCCUUAGCCCCCAUGGACACAAAUACAUCCAACAACAGGCUGUUGAGCUUGAAGGAGACCGUAUUGAGUUUGCUUCAAGACACCUUGCAUCAACGCCAAUUAGACACGACUGUAUUUUCCGAGGAUGAUGUCCAUAAUAUUCAAGCAAGCCUUGCUCGAUUACAUGCCCUCUUAAAAAAAAUGGAUGUGAGCACAUUGCUGGAUGAUGACUUGAUAUGGAACCAAAUCAAAGCAUUGUCUCUACGAGGUCGUCUUAACUAUCCUCAAGAAUGCCAGUUCGUUGCGCUUGCACUUGAGACACUUUCAUUAUACCUAAUGUGGCGCACAAAAGAUGCUUUGCUGAAUGAAACAAAGCAGAUGGAUCGAGAUGACACCCUGCUGUCUCGUCGAAAUGCUGUCUUGGACGUAAUUCACUCUUUUUUGGACCGAACCUCUCGUGUCCAAUCGUCCGCUUUGCAUGUGGCCCUCUUGUUGUACACGCUCUUCUUUUCUAUCCCAGGCAAGGAUAACUCGAAACAUUAUCUUUAUAUGACAUGUCCAUCCCACAUUCAGGAACGAUGCGCUGCUUUGUUUGCGACCGAACUCCAUACUCUUGUCUCAUCUUAUCAUGAGCACAACAAAUCUCGACCGCGCAAAGGAACAUUCAUGCCAUUGGAUUCCACUCUACUAGCUUCGGAUUUGCAUCUUUUCACGCUCGCUGGUGUUUAUGCUGCGGCUAUUCGUGUUGGCGCCUUGAAUGUAAGUUAUGCAGCCCCUAUGCUUUCGUAUUAUGCAUACUUUAGCCUAGACUUUGACGCGCUCUGUCAUGAGCUAGUCGCUGUGAUGAAAGAUGAUGCUUUACAUUCAAACCGUGGUUGGAUUGUGUGCGAGACGAUUCUUGAAACCCUCAAGGGUAGUUUCAGCCUGUUCCUCCUCUUCAAUGACGAUGCCUCCGAGGCUCACUACAUUUCACUUUCAAGACAACUAGCCAAUGCUACUAUGAUUCGAGGUCCUGGUUUUUCUGUCAUUCAAUCUGUGGAUCCUAAAGCGAUAACAACUCUCCAUGUUGCGGGUGUUCAACAAUUCAUCAGCUAUUUUCAUGAAGGAACCGGGAACAAGGGCCGAGAGCCUGUGUUCUUUAAAGGUAUGGCAAACCUCUUGGCCACACUUCUCCCAGCUGAUGCGAUGAAGAUUCACACAACGAUGCAACAGCGCUUCUUAGCAACCAAUAUAAAGCCAGAGCAAGGAGCUAGGGAGUGGGAGCCAUAUUUCUCCUACGAAAAGCGGCUCUUGAAUUUGGCAGCUAAAGAUGCGGACAUUGUCAAAGAAGCAAGUCAUUAUGCCAAUGAUUCAAGCACCCAACUACCAACGGCUAAUUCAACUUGA